CCGGUUCAGGUGGCGCUUUGCAGAACCGUUGUUGUCAAGAGUCUGCCAUUUUGAUUAGUUGUACUUUGCGCAGUAUAUGCCGUGGAACUGGUUCUUUAUCCAUAAUUUCAAGGUUCCGAACAAAGUUUCUAUUAUUUGAGCAAAAUGCUGUCAGCCGCCCAGCUACUCGACGAGUUGAUGGGCCGAGACAGAAACUUGGCCCCCGACGAGAAGCGAUCCAACGUGCGAUGGGACGACGAGAGCGUUUGUCGAUACUACUUGUGUGGCUUCUGUCCAGCUGAGUUGUUCACAAACACUCGUUCAGACUUAGGACCCUGUGAGAAGAUCCACGAUGAAAACCUUAGAAAAAUGUAUGAGAAAAGUUCUCGGUUCAUGAAAGAGGGCUACGAACGAGACUUCCUGCGGUAUCUACAGUCCCUUCGACCUGGUCCGGCAGGGAAGAACGAAGAGAAGAUCCAGGUUCUAACGGAAAAGAUUGAGGACUUGGUUGUUCAGAUCGAGGAACUUGGGUCUGAGGGUCGUGUGGAGGAGGCUCAAGGAAUGAUGAAACUGGUGGAGCAGCUGAAGGAGGAGCGGGAACUGCUCAGCUCUAACCCCUCGACCAUAGAAAGCUUUGCAGCUCAGGAGAAACAGAUGGAGGUGUGUGAGGUGUGUGGAGCCUUUCUCAUCGUGGGUGAUGCUCAGUCUCGCGUUGAUGACCAUUUAAUGGGCAAACAGCAUAUGGGCUAUGCCAAGAUCAAAUCCACCGUGGAGGAGCUGAAGGAGAAACUGCGGCGUCGCUCAGAGGACCCUCAGACGGAAAACCCAGCACUCAAGCGAGACAGAGAAGACCGCGAGCGCGAGAGGGAGGAGCGGGAGAAGAAGCGCAAAGAGGAGGAAGAGAAGGAAAAAGAACGAGAGAAAGAGAGGGAACGGGAGCGGGAGAGAGAGCGGGAGAAGGAGAGAGAUCGAGAGCGAGAACGGGAGCGGGAGAGAGACCGCGAGAGGGAUAGGCGAUCUCGCCGGAGCCACUCCCACAGCCGCCAUUCCAGCCGGACAUCGGAGAGGAAGCGGAGCAGAUCGCGGGAUCGCCGGAGGUCCAGGAGCAGAGAUAAGGACAGGGACAGGGAACGCAAGCGCAGCAGGAGCCGGGACAGAGAAAGGAAGCGCAGCCGUGACCGCUCGGACAGAAAGCGCCGCUCCCGCAGUCGCGACAGGAGGAGGUCUCGCAGCCCCGAGCGCAAGUCUCACCGUCAGCGCAGCCGCAGCCGGGACAGAGACAGAGACAGGGGAAAAGAGAAAGAAAAAGAGCACUCAUCAAAGGACAAAGAUCGUAAGGGGACAGAGGAGAAGAGCAGUUCUAAGAAAGACAAGCAUGCUGACAGUGAUGCAGCUGCCGUCAAGCCUUCCUCAGAGGUGGAACCCAUGCAGAGCGAACCAGCUUCCUCCUCCCCUCUGCUUAACGGCCAGCAAGAGCUCCUCCAAUCUGAAGGUGACACUCAGUCCAAUUAAAACUGAUCUGAUAGGACCUCAGAUCAGGCUCAGGGGAAGGUGGGAUAACUGGUGGAGGAAGAAACGGAAGAGCAUCCUCAUCCUCACCCUGAACCUGACACAUCGCUGCUUAAAAACAAGGUGAACCACAAACGUGUAGUGGCUUAUUUAAGAAAUCAGCAUAAAGUACAUGUGUUGUCAAGGAGCGAAGCAAUAUGUUUUGGGUUCGUUUCAUUUUUCCUAAUAUUUUUGCUGCCUGUAUCUGUUUAGGCAGGUUGAGGGUAGCCGUGGUUCAUCUGCUUUUUCAUUAAAUUCAUUGAUUUCUAUGGCAGCCAGACAGAUAUCACCUAAAUACCAAAAUUAGAAAAGCUCUUUCUGUUUUAUUUUGGAAAUCUUUACACAUCCUCCAUGUUUCUUGGUAUUUAGUACAAUUGAAAUCUAAAAAUAAAAACAGUGCUUGUGAUUUGUGUUGAUUUGUCGGGUUUUCUCUCUCUUCCUGACCUCAUUUUUAUUAUUAUUUUUUUUAAGUCGGUUAAAAGCGUAUGUACAAUGUAAAGACCCUUGAUAGGGAGCGUCUCUGCUCUUCCGCCUAGAUCUCCCGUGGAUUGCUCUUGUCCCAUAACUGUAAAAUAUUCUCAUUUAUUUUUGAUCAAGCGAGAAAUUUUGAAGAUGCAUCAUUUGUUUCGUUUUUUUGCCUUCCUUUUUAUGUCCAUGUUGUAAUGUUAAAUAAAAAUGUUAAACCAAAA